AUGGCGUUUGCUGGGACAAAUGUUAGUUUGUCCCAGCUGGAUAUAAUGCAAAAACUGACGGAGCGCAUAGACGACCUGAAGCAGAGAAUCGCUGCUAGAGAAAAGUGGAUUUGGCGAUAUACCGAGAGGUGGACACGGUUCAACCAGAAUCGUCUCUUCCAGAGUGAUGAGAAGAGGCUCUAUAAAUCAUUGGAGCGACCAGUGGUAAGUGGAACGGGCCCAGCACCGAAUAAGGCCGACACAGUUGCAUUCUGGCGCCCUGUGGUCAGAGCCCAUAAACCACAGCGAGGCCUCUUGGAAUGA